AUUUCACAGCGCCAUCUGUUUUAAAUUCAUCAAAAAGUUGCCACGCGGGAAGGAACAAAUUAUACAACAUGGACGAAGACGUUGCAGCAAUCGUAAUUGACAAUGGAUCUGGUAUGUGCAAAGCUGGAUUUGCCGGAGACGAUGCACCAAGAGCAGUGUUUCCAUCAAUUGUUGGACGUCCUCGUCAUCAGGGAGUUAUGGUUGGAAUGGGCCAGAAAGAUUGCUAUGUAGGAGAUGAAGCACAAAGUAAAAGGGGCAUUCUCACUUUGAAAUAUCCAAUUGAACAUGGCAUAGUAACAAACUGGGAUGAUAUGGAAAAGAUCUGGCACCACACAUACUACAAUGAGCUGAGAGUAGCACCAGAGGAACACCCAACAUUGCUUACAGAAGCUCCACUCAAUCCAAAAGCCAACAGAGAAAAGAUGACACAAAUUAUGUUUGAGACCUUCAACUCGCCAGCCACAUAUGUAGCCAUACAAGCCGUUCUGUCGUUAUACGCGUCUGGUAGAACGACAGGGAUAGUGCUGGACUCUGGUGAUGGUGUCACACAUACGGUUCCAAUCUACGAAGGUUAUGCACUUCCCCACGCUAUCCUCCGUCUAGACUUAGCUGGGCGGGAUUUAACCGAUUAUCUGAUGAAGAUCUUAACAGAGAGGGGAUAUUCGUUUACAACUACAGCUGAGAGAGAAAUUGUGAGAGAUAUAAAGGAAAAGCUUUGUUAUGUAGCUUUAGAUUUUGAACAAGAAAUGUCCACCGCGGCAUCAUCAUCGGCGCUGGAAAAGAGCUAUGAACUACCAGAUGGACAAGUUAUUACAAUUGGAAAUGAAAGAUUCAGAUGCCCAGAGGCUGUUCUUCAGCCAUCCUUUUUGGGUAUGGAGUCUGUCGGUAUCCAUGAAACUACGUACAACUCUAUAAUGAAAUGUGAUGUUGAUACAGCCACAUAUGUAGCCAUACAAGCCGUUCUGUCGUUAUACGCGUCUGGUAGAACGACCGGGAUAGUACUGGACUCUGGCGAUGGUGUCACACAUACGGUUCCAAUCUAUGAAGGUUAUGCACUUCCCCACGCUAUCCUCCGUUUAGAUUUAGCUGGGCGGGAUUUGACCGAUUAUCUGAUGAAAAUCUUAACAGAGAGGGGAUAUUCGUUCACAACUACGGCUGAAAGAGAAAUUGUAAGAGAUAUAAAGGAAAAACUUUGUUAUGUGGCUUUAGAUUUCGAACAAGAAAUGUCCACCGCGGCGUCUUCAUCGUCGCUAGAAAAGAGCUACGAACUACCAGAUGGACAAGUAAUUACAAUUGGAAAUGAAAGAUUCAGAUGUCCAGAGGCUGUGCUUCAGCCAUCCUUUUUGGGUAUGGAGUCUGUCGGAAUUCAUGAAACUACGUACAACUCUAUAAUGAAAUGUGACGUGGAUAUUCGAAAAGAUCUAUAUGCCAACACUGUCUUGUCUGGAGGGUCCACAAUGUAUCCCGGUAUUGCCGACAGAAUGCAGAAAGAAAUCACCUCUUUGGCACCAAGCACCAUGAAAAUAAAAAUCAUUGCUCCUCCGGAGAGGAAGUAUUCCGUAUGGAUAGGAGGAUCAAUCUUAGCCUCGCUCUCGACUUUCCAGCAGAUGUGGAUCAGCAAACAAGAAUACGACGAAGCAGGACCAAGUAUCGUGCAUAGAAAAUGUUUCUAGGCUGUAAUAGGGACAAAAGUUUUAUGAAAGUGCAUAUAUAUGACCGAUGUUAAAACUCAAAAGAACUAAUAAUGGAAUGAAAUAGAUAAUCUAUAUAUUAUGAAAUUGUAAAAAUUCGAAUGAAUGAUAAAACAAAAUGUCUGA